UGAGGGGAGAGAGAGAGAGGGGAGAGAGAGAGCACAGAGUGGAGGAUUGUGCAUCAGUCUGUUGGCGCUCAAAUGGGUAAUUGCGCACACAGCCGACUGGACUAUAGUGGCGACUCCAAGUACGACCCAGGUGUGAAGGCGUCCUAUUUCUGAGCGGCAUGCAGGGAUCAGGGGGUUUGGACCGCUACGGAAAACUUGCUUCUGCUGCUCAAGUCAUGCUCAAUGUGCAACUCUGAAGCCGCAUAAACUGCGACUGAGAGCAGUUUAACGCGUCUCUUAUCGUUCUUUUUUUUAACCCCCCCUAGAGGAUUACUCCUUCCCUCGGUAACCAUGGGUUCUGUGAUGUUGGACUGGCGGUUAUCAUGUCUUCUUCUGCAGGCAGCCGUUUUGCUGCUGCUCAGCAAGGGGGAGAGGAUGUGCCCCGUGAGUUGUCGCUGCGAGGGAAAGAUCGUUUAUUGUGAGUCGGGCAUCUUCCACGAUGUUCCAGAAAACAUCACCACGGGAUGCCAAGGUCUGUCUCUGCGUUACAACAACCUGCAGGUUCUGCUGCCGUACCACUUCGCUCAUCUUGGUCAGCUUGUGUGGCUUUACUUGGACCACAACUCAAUCAAUGCCAUAGAUGCUUUAGCUUUCCACGGGGUGCGCAGGCUGAAAGAACUGAUCCUGAGCUCAAACAAAAUAUCCCAUCUGCACAACAACACAUUCAGUGCCAUACCAAACCUGAGGAAUCUGGACUUAUCCUAUAAUCAGCUGCAGUCUCUCCAUCCCGGACAUUUCUACGGGCUGCGCAAGCUACAGAAUCUCCACUUCAGGUCCAAUGGACUGAAACAGAUCCUCGUUCGUACUUUUUUGGAAUGCCGCAGCCUGGUGUUCCUCGACCUGGGUUAUAACCGCUUGCGGAGCCUCACCCGCACCGCGUUUUUGGGGCUGUUCAAGUUGAGGGAACUUCAUUUAGAGCACAAUCAAUUUACCAGGAUUAAUUUCUUUAUUUUCCCACGCCUCAGCAACCUCCAGGCUCUUUAUUUGCAAUGGAACCGCAUACGAUUCAUCAAUCAAGGUGUGCCGUGGACUUGGCAGAAACUUCAGAAACUGGACCUCUCGGGGAAUGAAAUCCAAAUCUUGGAUCCCGCUGUUUUCCAGUGCAUGCCAAACUUACAGAUACUGAACCUCGAAUCAAACAAGCUGAGUAGCGUGCCUGUGGAGGCUGUGGCAGCAUGGACUUCGCUGACCACCAUCAGCCUGGCAGGUAACGCCUGGGACUGCAGCCCCAGCAUCUGCCCUCUCAUGACAUGGCUGAGAACCUUCAAAGACUCCAAAGACAUCAGCAUGAUAUGCAGCAGUCCCAAGUCUGUGCAGGGCGAAAGAGUGGUGGACGUAGUGAGAAACCACUCAGUAUGCAUAGACAUGUUAAAUGUGUUCUCGACCACUUUCAUCAUUAGGGGUUCAGCUGAAAUUGUGAACAUCACAGCUCCCCCGUCUCCCUCUGAUGUUACAGACCUGGCUGCACAGACAUCCACUGCUUCACCUGACCAGCCUGGCAGGACAGACAGAGAGACAACAGAGUCCAUAACUAUGAGCUCUACAGCUCACAAUUCCCCCGAAACACCUACAUCAUUUAUCCCUGAGCUACAGUUUGAACAUAUGGCUUUCCAUAAAAUCAUUGCGGGCAGCGUAGCCCUGUUCUUGUCAGUGUCAUUGAUUCUGCUGGUUAUUUAUGUCUCGUGGAGGCGCUACCCCAACACCAUGAGGCAGCUGCAGCAGCACUCAGUCAACCAUAAGCGCAGAAAAAAGGCCCGCAAGCAGGAACAGGACCUUAACUCUCAGUUGCAAGAGUACUAUCUGAGCUACCACUCAAACUCGGAGACAAUGGACUCCUUGGUGAACGAGCCAAGGCCGUGCACGUGCACUAUAUCAGGAUCAAUAGAAUGCGAGGUCUGAGCUGCCCACUAAAACACGAGAUAUAAAGUGCAAUUGCUAAGCAGAGGUAGAUAGGCUUUGUUUCCCCUCCAAAAAAAAAGAUUAAGUGGUUUUUAUCUCUAAUAUGAGAUGAUAGAUUCUGCAGCAGUGAAUAAAAUACUGGGGGGCAUAGUACAAUAUAAUUAUAUGCAGAGAAAAGAAGAUUGGAAUGGAGAAAUAUAUUUGGAGAGCUAAUUAUCGCCCUGACUGACACAAGAACAGUGGCAGGGUCAGUCGGGUUAGCUGUGUCUGACCUUACAAAAAGACUGGAUCUUUGCUAACGCGAAAGUCAGCUCCACAGAGAGACUGACCUUAUUCUUAGUCAGAGUAUAUUGCCAUAGAACAUACGAGCCAACAAAGCCACUUUUUACUUGCAACUGUUUUGUUUUUUUUAUUUUAUUUAUUACUAUUAUAUCGCUUGUAAAGCAUUUUGGAUAAAUGUCAGUACCUUUGAGUGUAUGUGUGUAUAUGAGUGUGCUAUGGGGAUGAACUAAUAGGACUGCACCUUAUUCUCACAAAUAGUUUUUGUCCAGUUAAAUUAUUUUUGCAUUGGGCCCCACAGUAUAGCAGUAGCACUACCAUAAAAAUGGACGAGGGUGGGGGGCAAUCACAGAGAACAAUCUUGUCCUGAGAUCAUAUGCAUGAGGCCGUUCUCUUUACUUUAGAUGCUUCUUUCUCCUGUAAAAGGAUCCGUCCUGACUACAGAAAAAAAGAGAAAAAAUAUGUGUGCAAUUUGAUUUGCUGUGAGAAAAGCCACACAGAUGAACAGUAUUUAAAUACCCAUGAGUCUGAAUCUCAGGACUGACGUUUUCCAAGCUGUACAAAUCUGUCAGGUCCAACAGAAGGCCUUGUGUGUGUGUUAAGAAGUAACAAUGUUGACUUUCAACAUAUUUUGUAUUGAUUACCGCUGUCAUUGUAUGGACUGUUUGUGUAAAGACGUAAUAAUGUGGAUACUAGGAAUUCUAUGUGACUGUAUAAUUAAAAGAAACACUGACAACUGAUGAAAAAAAAGAGAGAAGAAAAUGUGUGUGUGAUGAGAACGCUGACAUCUGACGCGGCGCAUGGCGCAAAAAAAAUCUCUUGAAAUCCAUGCAUUGUGAUGUGGAUGUUUCACAUCUCAUUGGAUUUGCAGCUGCACGCGAGGGGGAGCUGACAUAUUUCCACGUGUCUCGUUUUCCUGCUGUCUUCUCUUACACCCUCUCCCGGCACUACAGUAUUGAUUGUAUCUGGGUUAACACCUCAAACAGAGGGUAGGGGGACCGUGUCAGUCCCUGGGAUAUAGCUGAUCUUGUUUUAAAAAAAAAAAGAGGAGAAGAGUAUUAUACUCUGUUUUACUGCGGAAAGGUUUGGUUUAAGUGGAGCCCAAGUAGGCGAUGCCAUUCUUUGAGACAAAGAGACAUUUUUGGUCCCUGAAACCAGAAAGAGAUUAAGAAUCUCUGCUUUAUAUAACCAUGUAUUCACUGUCAGUUUGAAAAUACAGCUCUGGUGCAGUGAAAGGAAGGACAGAAUAGAGGCAGGCCACUGAGGGACAGUGGGUGUUACAGGUCAAGGCAGUUAUGCUAUUAUGAAGCUAUCAGCUGCACUGGUCUGCUUUUUUCCCCAUCUCCUCCCUUACGUAUUCUCUUUGUGUGUGUGUGGUUUGUUUACUGUGUUGACAGAAAAAUGAACCUGUGCCAGGAGACAUGCAAAUGUUCACACAUUGAGCAAGACACACAGGCAGCACUAGUGUUAGCAUAUAUGAGCAAUAAAAAGGGGUAUUCGUCCCAAUGCGAGAGAUUCCGCUGAAAAACGGCAUCCUACAGUCUCUCCCUCGCAGCUGUCACAUUUUUUUUGCUGUCUGCUUUUUUUCUUUCCACCUGUUGUGUUUUGAAGUAAAUGCACGCUUGAAUCCCUCUUAUUAUCUGCUAUUAGCCCGUUCGCAUGUGUCGUGUGCUAUACGUGGAAACUUUCUGACAGGUCAAAGGUUGUUUAGAUGUGGAUUUAUGAUCGCUCAAAAUCCACUUUCCUUAUCCUCCAGGCAGGCGUCGAGGCACGCUGCCAACAGAAUUUAUAUCCAUAAAUCUGGUUUCUAGCUUGCAUAUAUGAUGAAUUUCUUCUUGUGGGCCUGUGGGAAAAAUGUGAGGCCGUACAAAGAAAAAAUACAUAAUAUGAACAGGACAAACGAUUUGUUGAUCUAAUUUCCGCAGCUAUUGUAAUUAGUGUUUGAUUUGUCGUGUAGUGAUUGAUGAAAAGCAAUUCCUUGUGUUUUGAAAUGUUUUGGUGUUGUGUGGCUAAGAAAGGAAUACUGAUUAGAGAGCUGCGGCCUGCAUCCUUCAGAUCGCUAUUGGAGGAUAUCUGUGCGGAUGAAAGAUGCUAGGAAUGCACUGCUUCAGCUUCAAGCAACAUUGCACAAGUAGAAUCACAUUUCGCUGGUGAACUCUGUAAAAAGCUAAACCUUUACAUACUAAAUAUCUAAUACCUCUGUGAAGUUCAGCUCAACAAGGCCAGAAAUGCUCACUUGCUCGCCCCUCCCUGGUGGUCAUGAAGUUUUGAUUUGCAGCAGUCACUGGGGAUUUUUCCAAGGUAAUGCAUGUAACUCUUUGCACAAGGUGUAUGCUGGUUAUUUGAAAGGUAAGCACACUAAUCCUAACGCAGCAGUGGUGGUAUUUUAUCCCCUCAAACACAUAAUUUUCUUUUUAUCUGGCUGCCUGAUUUCUAUUUUCGAGGGAGGUAAUUUAAAGUAAUCACUCAAAAUUUGGGCAAUAGCAUAUUAGCAUUCGUGCCAAGAGUUUGAUGAGAAAAUUGAUAACACUCCUGUGUUUUUCUGGUAAAUAUAAGGCAACAGCCAGCAGCCAGUUAGCUCAACUUUGCAUGAAGAAUGAAAAUGAGGAAACUAGCCUUGGUUUGUCCAAAGGUAACAAUCGCCACCCAACGUCAUCGCUAAAGCUCGGUAGUUAACAUCCCAUUUGUUUAAUCCUUAAACAAGCCAAAGGAUUAAGACUGUCAUAUGUAGUGGGUUACAUCGCUGAUGUAACUUCCUGAAGGAUCAGGUGGUUAGCUGACACCUCGUAUAGUUAAGGCUUUAUCUCAUUGUUUUUAAUUGUUGUUCUUUUGUACAUAUCUAAGAUACAUGGUGUGUGUUUUUACUGAUCGUGGCUACAUUAUCAACCUGUGUACCGUUAGCUACAUAGUGUAGAGGUUGCCGAACAUAUAAAAACUCCCUGGUUAGAGACCAGAAGGAAAUACCAACCCGGUCUCAGAGAAGUCACAAGCUAGUGUACUCCCAGUGCUGGUCCAAAGCCUAGAUAUAUGGUGUUGUUGUGUCAGGAAGGAAAUCCAGUGUAAAAUUACAGUGCAGCCCUCCUGAGCCAGGUUCUGCCAGAGGUUUGUUCUUGUUAAAGGGAUUUUUUUCCUUCCCACUGUUGCCAAGGGCUUGCUCAUAGGGGGUCGUCUCUGUAUUACUGCAGGAUCUUUACCUUACAAUACAAAGCACCAUAUGAUGGCUGUGGUCAUGAUUAUGUUGUGCUAUAUAAACUGAAAUGAACUGAAAUUGAAAAUCUGUUGUGGCAACCUCUUAUAGGAAGUAAAGGAGUGUCUGAAAGUACUGAUAGUAAUAUGUGCUGGUUUGUCGACUUUGUUUUCCUUUUGACAAAGCAGUGGGAGGUUUUUACGUUGGGCCCAGGUGGGAAAUUCCAGUAUUUAAAAACAGGCACGAUCUUGAUAUUGAGGGUACAGGCAGAAAAAAAGUGACAUCUUUUAAUCCACCUCUCGGCAAGCAAGUGAAUUUCUCAAUUAAAUCAAAGACAUGAAAAAACAACUACAAGUUAUUUAUAUAUGCAAAUGACUGAUAAAUUCUUUCUCUUUUCCUUAAGCAUAUUUACCAGCUUUAAUAGCAUGGCUGUUUCUGCUUUCACCUUGUGUAUUUGUGUGUGUCGUGGUGACUGUCUAAUGGGAACAACCGCAAAUGCAUUUAGGAUUUCUGCAGACAUAUUUUGUCGGCUGAAUGCAGCUGUGAGGCUUCAAAUGUGUGUAUUUGACUUCAAAAUCAAGGUCAAGUCCAGAGGAUGAGUGCGGUGAAACUAUUGGCUACUCAUAUGAUAAUGCAGUAAUGACUGUUGAGUGCGCGCAGUUUAGAAUAUUAACAUGUCAAUGGGUGCCACAGCUGUAGGGUCCCAUUGCAAAAGGGUCUUUCAUUCAAUAUUGUGUUUUCUAUUGCAUUUGUGCCAGGCUUCCAUCCAGUGGAAAGGAUUUCUUCAAGGAUGAUUGAGUCAUCCAAGUCUUUUAUUGGACAAAUGUGCUCAGCAGACAGGGAAUUUCCUUUCUUUCUUUCUCCUUUAAAACAGCGAGCAUCACAUCCACUCCUACAUGCAAUUUAGGACCAAGGCUCAGGACCUUCAAGCUAGCAUGUCGAGACUUUUACGCUAAUAUAUUCAAAUGAUUACAAUCAGUCAAAAAUAGAGUCACUGAAGUAUGAAAGGCUUCAAAGGCAGUUGUCACACUCUGGGGAGACAGAAUUGCCCUGUCUCUAGUGUGCCACAACUAGAUUCCUUUGUUACUUCACCUUUUGUGCACUGUAUGUCACCUGUAAAAUUCAUUUCAAUACUAAUGCCUAACAGCUUUUGUCACAUGUCCCAGUAGGUGCUUUGAGCCCCCCCCCCCCAAAAAAAAUUCUCUCGCUGCUGCUUUUUAUUUUUUAUGUGAUCAUGUGAAAGUGGUGAUAGUCAGAGAGACCUUUCAGCGUUCAGUAAAGGCACGCUGUUUUUCGUUCAAACAAGACGACAUUACUGAGCGAAUUGCUGCAAAGAAUUUUAAGAUAACUUCAGAGAAAAUUACUUUUUGUCAUUAUCUAUUCCCUCACUUUCAUCUUUCCGCUUCAUCACUCAGUGUAAACUUAAACAUAUACUGGAAAUUUAAUGAAAAAAAAUCACAAAAUUUUGGUUUUCUCUGCCGUUUGUCCUGAAGCAGUAGGACGUAGAAACUUUCUUCGCAGAUAUAGACACAGAUAUAUUAAUUGUGUGAUCUUCUCUGAACAGUGUAGACUAACGGCCUCUUUAUUAAGUACAGAUUAUAAAUAUCUCAUCAGUCAGUCACAUGGAAGCAACUCAACUCAUUUAGGCAUGUAGACAUGGUCAGUACAACCUGCUGAAGUUCAAACCGAGCAUCUGAAUGGAGAAGGAAGGUGAUUUAAGUGACAUUAAAUGUGGGAUGGUUCUUGUUGGUAGAUGGGCUGGUCUGAGUAAUUCACAAACUGCUGAUCUAACAGGAUUUCCUCACACAACUAUCUCUAGCGUGGUCUAAAAAAAGAGCAAAUAUCCAGUCAGUGGCAGUUCUCUGGAGGAAAAUACCUUGUUGAUGUUAGAGUUCAGAGAAGAAUGGGCAGACUGCUUUAAGCCGAUAGGAAGGCGACAGUAAGUCAGACCGCUAUUUGUUACAACCAGGUCUAAAGAAGCAGUAGCAGAAGACCACGCUGCAAGCAGCUCAACAAAAUCAGAUGAAAGAAGACUGGAAAAAUGUUCCCUGAUGCGAUGGUGGGGUCUUGAUUUCUGACGUUACAUUCAGAUUGUGAGCUAACAAUUUGGUGUAAACGACCUGAAAAAAUAGUUCCAUCCUGCCUCGUAUCAACAGCUCGGGCUGCUGGGGGAUUUUUUCCUGGAAGCCUCUUUGACCCAACUGGGCAUUGUUUAAACAUUACAUCUGACCGGAGUAUAAAGAAUUAACCCAGUACUAGCAAAGGAUACCUAAUAAAGUGACUGGUAAGUGUACUUGUAUAUGAGCACUGAUCUGUGCUCCUAAUCAUUCCCAUGUAUACUAAACAGUUAGUCAGUAAAGUAAAAUCUUUCCAGCAGUGAGUUUUGAUAUUAGAGACGCUUGAAGUGAAAAUGUUGUUCCAGGCACGGAGUAUAGUAUAUUACGUUUUACGAGUUACUUUCUUAUCCAUGGAAAGUGAUCCCAGAGCAGCUUUAGUUUACAUAACAUUAGGAAAUCAUUUCAGGCAGAAACCCAAUUAACAGCCUGACCUUUAUAGCUGCAUUUCCACUUCCCUUUGACAACACGUCUGCUUCAUUUAGAGUCUGAAGCAGUAUUUAUACAUCUUGUUGCCACAUACUUAGAACUCAGAUUCAAUUAUUUUGUAUCUAACAUGCUGUACAUACAGACUGUAUGAUGUAACAGUAAUAUAGCGCAUUCUUUUGAGGUGUCACCUCAUUGUUUCACUGAUUUAUUUCCCCUGAUUCUCCACCAGUUCUUCCUCCCACACCGGGGGAAAUCAACCAAAAGCCAACAACAAUUAAAUGUAUAAGAUUUAUAAGCGCCGGGCCUAGUCAUAUUAUUGUUUCCUGAGAAAUCCAACAUCACCAUGGAAACUCUAAUAAAGAAGCAGUGGCCACCGAGGAUUCAUUUUGGGGCUAAAAAAAUGUCAUUUAGAAUUGUGAAAGAAAUUUUCACUUUCAGGUAGCCUUG